ACUUUCUGAAACUUCUUUUAGGGAGCCGAUUCUGUUUGGACUGUCUCUCUCUGUCUCUCUCACAUACUCGCGGAAACGCCUCAUUUGGCUCAUUCCCCCAAUUCGUUCGAAUUCUGAGUUUCAAGUCGUCUUCUGGGCGAGAAGAACAAGAAGAGCUUUCCUUCAUGUUCUGAAACAGUUCCACUCCAUUAGAACUGCAGCCAAAGGUUUCAUUUCAGAACUUCUUAAUGGCUUAUGGUAGUUCUAGAUCUGUAAGGUUCCAAGAUGAUCUUGAAUCAUCGACUUUGCCUACUAUCAAUAGUGGUGGCGUAACGAAGAUCAUAUACAACAUCGAUGGCACACAAAUACCAGAAUCGAGCAGCAAGAGGACCAAGGUUUCUGGGAAGUCUGGAAGAUCCUUGAGAGCGAAAGUUUUGUCUAGAGUUUUCUCCGAGGAUUAUGAGAGGGUACAGAGAAAAAUAUUGGAUCCUCGGGGACAAGCCAUACGGCGAUGGAACAAGAUAUUCUUAGUAGCUUGUUUAGUCUCUUUGUUCGUAGACCCUCUUUUCUUUUACUUACCCGUGGUUCGAGAUGUGGUGUGUAUCGAUAUAGGAGUAGGUCUCGAAGUCAUCCUCACAACUAUAAGAUCGAUAGCUGAUGUUUUCUACACAAUUCAAAUUUUUAUUAAGUUUCGUACAGCUUUUGUCGCGCCCUCUUCUCGUGUAUUUGGGAGAGGAGAGCUUGUUAUAGAUCCUUGUAAGAUAGCAAUGAGGUAUCUUCGCCACGGUUUCUGGAUCGAUUUCAUUGCAGCCCUGCCAAUUCCUCAGGUACUGAUCUGGAUUGUCAUCCCCAACCUUAGUGGUUCAACAAUGACAAACACCAAGAACUUCCUUAGGUUCUUUCUCAUAUUCCAGUACCUCCCAAGACUUUUUCUCAUAUUUCCACUCUCAACACAAAUUGUUAAGGCCACUGGACUUGUGACACAAACAGCAUGGGCUGGAGCUGCUUAUAACCUGAUUCUUUAUAUGUUGGCAAGCCAUGUUUUAGGAGCCUGCUGGUACCUUCUUUCAAUUGAGCGACAAGAAGCAUGCUGGAGAAGAAUUUGUGAGCUUGACAAAUCUUGUAAAGUUGGAUUCUUUGACUGUCAUAAGAUCGAUGACCCUCUAAGGGACUCUUGGUUUAAGACGAGCAACAUUACGAAUUCAUGCAAUCCAAAUGAUCCCUAUUAUCAAUAUGGUAUAUACGGUGAUGCAGUAACUUUCCACGUCACAACCUCGCCAUUUUUCAACAAGUACUUCUUCUGUCUUUGGUGGGGCCUGAAAAAUCUGAGUUCAUUGGGACAAAACCUUGCCACAAGCACUUUUGUUGGAGAAAUAAUUUUUGCCAUAAUUGUGGCAACUCUUGGACUGGUUCUGUUUGCAUUGCUCAUUGGUAAUAUGCAGAAAUAUCUCCAAUCGACGACAGUUCGAUUAGAAGAAUGGAGAAUAAGGAGAACUGAUACAGAGCAAUGGAUGCAUCACAGGCAACUACCUCCAGAACUCAGACAAUCUGUCCGCAGAUAUGAUCAGUAUAAGUGGGUAGCAACUCGCGGAGUYGAUGAAGAAGCUCUGCUCAGAAGCCUCCCAUUGGAUCUCCGAAGAGACAUAAAACGUCACCUUUGCAUCGACCUCGUUCGAAGGGUUCCACUGUUUGAUCAAAUGGAUGAAAGAAUGUUAGAUGCAAUUUGCGAGAGGCUUAAACCUGCCUUGAGCACAGAAGGCACAUUUCUAGUGCGAGAAGGCGACCCAGUGAACGAAAUGCUAUUCAUAAUCCGAGGUCAUCUCGAUUCAUACACCACUAAUGGCGGCAGAACUGGGUUCUUCAACUCCUGUCGUAUUGGCCCAGGUGAUUUCUGUGGUGAGGAGCUCCUGACUUGGGCUCUCGACCCUCGUCCAAGCGUCGUACUUCCUUCUUCCACUCGCACAGUCAAAGCCAUCUCCGAAGUCGAAGCAUUUGCUCUCAUAGCAGAGGACUUGAAAUUUGUAUCCUCCCAGUUCAGAAGACUCCACAGCAAACAACUCAGACACAAGUUUCGGUUUUACUCGCAUCAAUGGCGAACGUGGGCUGCGUGCUUUGUUCAAGCAGCAUGGCGGCGAUAUAAGAGACGCAAAGAAAGAGCUGAGCUUAUGGCUAGAGAGAGCAGUACAGCUACCAAGCUCGAGUCCUCGCUUCCACCACCAACUGCGUCAAGCUUGAAUGCACGAUUAGGAAACACUAGAAGAGGGAUGGAUAAGCGUUGUGUAUCGAAUGCUGGGGUCGUAAGCUCGUUGCAGAAACCUGAAGAGCCUGACUUUUCAAUUGUUGAGGAAUGAAGUAGCCAACCGAGAGCAACUGGAUUUGUACAGGUGGGGGGUGAAUGAUGAACUUAUACUACUAUUAAUUGUUCUGUGUAAAAUGAAAGUUCGGUAAUGCAUUUGAUAAAAUUUAAUGUGGGGAUUUUUUAGUGACUUUUUUCUUUAGGUAGACUUGAAGGAUUUGUAAGUGUAACACCAUGCAGAAACAAGAGAGAGAGCUCUGAGAGAUGUAUGAAUGACUGAUGUAAAGCAUCACAAUAAGUUUCUAUAAUUUGUUUGUUAAAUAUAGUAAUUUGGGCUUGAUUUAUAAUAUAA